ACGGAGCUGAUGCCCACUCCCCUCCCUUCCCUCUUUCCUGCUUGUACACAACCUUUGAACUCACGAUGAAUAAACCAUGAUUUAAAACAAAAACCUGCUGUGAUUUGUGGUUCCUCCUAUCCAGGAUGCUGAUAUCUUCUAUAUAAGAGAAUUUUCCUGGAUGACCCAUCAACUAUGGAGAGAGACAGGAACAAGAUGGCCGACAGGAUCAUAAACCUCACCCUACAGAUACUCUUCCGGCUUACUGGAGAGGAUUACACAGUAGUGAAAAAGUCUUCUAGUGGGCACUGUCGAGCCCCUGUGUGUGAAGGAUGGGGAAGAACCCUGAGCCCAAUCCCGGGGCCCCCACCUCACUCCCUGAUACAUGAGGAAAUGGAUGAACGGAAGGUCCUAGAACUCAUCAACAAGAUGAUGGAGCUGCUGACUGGAGAGGUUCCUAUAAGGUGUCAGGACGUGGCGGUCUAUUUCUCCAUGGAGGAGUGGGAGUAUGUAGAAGGACACAAGGAUCAGUACAAGGAUCAGGUGAUGAUGGAGGAUCAGCAGCCCCUCACAUCAGCAGGUAAUAGACAUGACUAUAUACACACGUCCUCUCAUUAUUUGUAUGUAAAGAAUGAAUUCAGUCUCUGUAUGUGUUCCCUACAGUCAGAUCCAGUAAGAGAACAGCACCAGAGAGGUUUCCCCAUCCUCUUCUUCCACAGGAUCAGGGAGAAGAUCUAAACAAUAUUAAUGCUCCAGAGUCAGAUGUGAGCGGUGAUGAGCAGUAUAAGAAGAACAUUCAUACAGGGAAAGAU